CGCGCACCGCCGCAUCACAGAGUUCUUCAACCACAAGAUGAAACCGCAGAACGGAAUCAAACGAGAGCCCCCAAAUGCCGAUGACAAGAAAAAGUGCCUACCGAAAAAUGGUGUCACCCACGACUUAGAAAAAUACAUCUCCUACCUAUCUCAAACGCUUAGCCCUAAAGUAUUAUUAGAUGUCGGAAAGCAAAACGACGUAAUAAAGCCGGGCUACCAACCCGCCAACGGUGGUGCCGAUACCACCAGCAGUACAGAUGCUAGAACAGGCGGCCAUGUCAAGGGCGUCCUCGAGUUUUGCAUACCCAAAGACAAUAAGGAUCUAGUUCAUACAACGAUGAACGGUUUUGUAGAUAUUCGACACGGAAACGACGCCAGCAAAAGGCAUAUAAGUGCAUCAGGACAUGUUAAUGGGACCAUCAAUGGCAAAAAACCUUGUUUUGAAAUGAAUGUACCGUUAGACCCAUCCGCCAAUGGAAUUGUCACUACCAGCAACCAAACGUCUUGUGGUGCAAAACGCAAAAUUCCGAUACCGGCCAAUAAUGAUCUAUUAGGUAUGAGGAUAGCACCGACAUGUGCCCGUCAAUCUCCAAAAAAAUUGGUUGUUCCAAAAACCGAUAACGCACGAAUGAAUGGAGUCGUAAGCUCAACUACGAAAUUAGAUACUAGAAUGAACGGGGUUACGCUGGGGUCGAAUAAUUUGAGUUUGAAUGUACCGACUAAACCGACGCCGACAAAAAAAGAAACUACAAAAAAGACAACAACAUCGCAGAAAAGAACCAAUCGGAAGUCUUCCGCGUGUAUCGCAAAUAGUAAAAACUUAACAUGGUCCAAAGCAAAUAAUCUGAAACAGGUACAACUUCAAAAACAAAAUUGCCCUAAUUCAAUCCAAAGCUCUGCAGCAAAAAGCAUUCCUAGUGAAGCAAACCCUACACCAAAGAUUAAUAUUCCAAACGGUGUCCGACAAGUUACAAUGGCAGUAAACAACGGCUUAAACAAUCUGAACGUUCCCAACUUUCAAAAUUGUCAUCCAAUAAAUCUACAACACCCGCAUCCUUGCAAUGGUACUGUGACGCCUACAAACCUGCCAUCGUUCCUGGCAGUUCCACAUAAUGUCAUGCUCACUUCGUUACGGAUACCUCCGAAUGGUUUACCGGCACAAACAUUGAACCAUCAGAAUGGAAUGAAUUCCUUCAAUAGACCGAACGUUAAUGUAUCAUCGAGCCCAACGAAACUUAACGGACAAUUUCUUUUUCCUUUCAUGCAAAACAUAAAUGGCACCGUCUUACAAAUACCUAACCUAAUGGCUAAAAUGCCAAAUUUUGUUAUUCCUCAAUCUACACAAUUAACGACACAUAGACAAGACCAUAUGCCCAACCAACAAAUUCUUUUCAAUGGAACGAUUGUGAAACUCGGCAAUACUAUGCCCGCGGCAUAUCCUGGUGUGAACAAAUCAUCCCCUGUCACCAGCCAGUCGAUGCCAAUUAUGAAUAAAAAUGUGACAGGUGUGCCAACUGUCGGUAUGACAGUCCAACCGAAAGUCAAUUAUACGGUUAAUUUAAGUCAUCCUGUAUUAGUCCCACAACCCGGUUUUAUUGUUACUUCUGUGCCAAAUAUUAAUGUAAAGGAAACGUGGAGUAGUUCAAGUACGCAUCCGGCGACGUCCACUCAAGCCACAUGCUCUAACCCCAUAGUACAUCAUCCGCCACCGAUGGUUGCCAACUUUACAACACAAACGCUGCAUUCGAGUAGUAUACCCAUUGCGCCAGUGAAACCUCCCGACAAUCCGAUUCAAGGCACGGACCCACCUAGCAGUACAGUUAAGGAAACCGAAUUUAUAAAUGUUAAAGAACAAAAAUGUGAUAUUCCCUGGCUAUCCAAAACUGUUAACAACAAUUUUGUUUCCUUGAAUGCAAACAAAAUAACUUCAAGACCAUUUGCACAAGUCAGUAGUUUAUCUGAGAAGUUAGAAGAAUUAGCUCAAAAGGAGAUGGCGGGCAAAAGGUUAGAAAAUAAGAAUAUUGAAACCAGGCCUCCUGACUUAAGAGAAUUGUUAAGUUUAAAGGAACAGAAAAAAAUUGAUGAAGUAGCGAAAAGGGAAGACACUAUUUUCACACAAAUCACGGUUUUAAAAGAUGUCACGUCGAAUGUGGAAAGUGCGGUGAUCGAAGCGAACUUUUGUUCGGCGACGACGGAAUCGUCAGAGUCGGGGAUAGGUACAGACAAAUCUAUAGACUCGCCCAGUGACUCCCAAACGAGUAAAGAAUGCGACGAAGAUUCUUCUUUGUCGUUAAGCGUCAGUGUUUGUUCUUUGGACGCGCAGAGUAGUCAAAAGAGUCCUAUUCUAAAACAACCCAAAACACUCCGGUUCCCGCCAAAGAACAGCAGCAGCAAGCCUCAUAAUGAAAAACGAACGUCGAGCACCGAUACCACGUCUUCAGUCACCAUCUGUCUGUGGACAAAUUGCAAAAGAGAGUUCGAAAGUGAUACAGAUCUCCUAGAACACAUACAGCGGAUGCACGUGGAGUCGCAGGCGGGGCAGGAGAACUAUGUGUGCGAGUGGGAGCGAUGCAAGGUGCGCGGCAAGCCGUCCUGCUCGCGCCUGUGGCUGGAGCGGCACGCGCUCUCUCACGGCGGCAACAAGCCCUUCAAGUGCAUCGUCGACGGCUGCGACCGCCGCUUCUCCACUCAGAUAUUAUUGGAGCGGCAUGUGAAUAACCACUUCAACGAGGUGUCGCCGAACACCAGCGGCAGUAAGAAGACCACAGAAACCUCAGCCAAGCUCAUACGACGGAAUGGAAAGAAACUGCGAUAUAGGCGACAGCCGUGGUCUGCGCGUAUGUUCGACUUCUUCGACGCAAGCACGAUGGAGGGUCUCGCGUGGCGGUUGUCUCGCAGCACGCGGUGGCGGCUGGGCGGCGCCUGUCCGCUGCGAGAGCCCGCCGGCGCGCACACUCUCACGCUGCACGCGGUCCUCACAGCCACGCGGUACAACACAACAGAGUGCAGACGAGAAGCUCUGCUCACCUACUAUCCUCCUCAUGUUAUCGAGGACGAGUGGGUGCCGGAGAAGGAUGUGAAGCGUGUGAAGCGCGUGGAGAUCGCGUCGCUGCCGGCGCACACCAAGGUGCUAGUUUGCAGACAUAAUUCUGCGACCGCUGCGGACAGUGUCGUAGGCAGAGACGCCCCAAAGAGAAUGGAUUAG